AUGUACGCCUCACGGCGGUUUCCUUUUGAGAAGUCCGACAAAGCUGAGAACGCGCAACCAAGUGCGCAACAGUGCCUCUCUCAGACCAAGCCUCUUUGGAAGGGCAGUGCGGCGAUUUUCUUUGGAUGUCCGGAGGACUACGAAAUGCAACGACGGACCUUUCCAGGCGGCUGCAUCCUCCGAUUGCUCCUUUCAGGCAGAAUGGAGAUUUUAUUUCCAGACGGGACAUUUGCAUCUCGCAAUCCAACUCCUGAAGAAUUCUUUGGGCGGGUGUCGAGCAACGAUCUCCCACCUGCUCGGCACCUCGCCUCUCUGGGAAUUUCUUUUUCCGCAAAAAUGGAGGCGUUCAGCAUAGACGACGAACUGUCUCUUGACCCAGAGGUUGUGUGUGAAGCAUUCGCAAAUGCGGGACGGGGCAUGGAGACUAGUUCCUGGUUUUCGAGACUCGAUUUUGCAUUUGCCAGCCACGGCAAGACGCGAAGUGUGGGGGAGGCGUGGAGAGCAUACGACUUGCCGCCGAUAAAGCAGGCCGUGUAUCCCGAUUUUCAGUCAAACACGCAAGUGGUUUUGAACGAAGACAGAGCAGUGCGGAUUGAGUGGCGGAAGCCUGCCGACUCGCAGAAGAAGGCGAAGCAAAAGAAGGAACGGGAAGACGGCGACGACGCGCGCCCGCUCUGUUGCCGAAGCGAGAUUCUCGUGCAAGCUGCAGACGGCACGCGAAUUGCCUUGUCUGUCUCCGCGUCAGAAACACCCGGAGAAAUCAACGAACGUGCAACUCGGGUGACGUCCAUCGCGAUUUUCAGAAAGCAGGAAUGGACGGUGACUGUGCGUGAAGACGAUCAGGUGGAUGUAGAGUGGACGACAGGAGGGAACUCGCAGGGGUGCGAGGCCGAGACCGCGCGAAGAUAUUCGUGCUUUCUUCGGCGCAAAGAGAUUGUCACUGCGGCAGAGACAGGAGAGACGUACAUCAUCAACGCAGAGGGCGACGUGGAAAUUCACCCAAACGCAGCGGGCGAAGAGACGCUGUCUGUUCCGCAGCCUUCGCCCGGCUUUGCUUCGCCGCUCACGCGACAGCUCACCGCGACACAACUCGAGGAAGACGCGAAUCUCUGCAAGGAAAAACAGGACUUCUGGACGCUCGGCCCGCUGCGUCUCUUUGCCGUGUCUUGCGAAACAGGAGAGGCCGAAGAAAUUCUCGAUCGAGCGGAAGUCGAGGCGUACCUCGAACAGUCUCAGGCUGACCCAAAGAGCAUGGUUGCUCCCGAGACUGUAGCGACUGAUUUUCGCGAGAAAAGGGAGAAGCCCGAAAGUGCUUUCACGGUAUUCAGAACAUUUCUUGAGUAUCCAGAAGCAGAGCCUGAGCGGUGGCGGGAUUUCCAGGAAAGGUACUUUCGGUACCUUCAAUGGGAGGCAACAAAGGCCAGGCACAACAUCCCCUACUUGGUCUCGCCGGAUGUCGCCGAUUUCUUUCUCUCCAACCAAGAGAGGCUCUCAGCCGAUCGAGCAGAAAAGGAACAUUCUCGCAAAGGAAAACAGCAGAGAAACAACGCCGCUCGCGAGGCCUCGCUUGCGUUCAGCCUUCUGCGUCUUCCUUCCUCCGUCUUGAGCGUGCAGGCCCUCGAGCUAAAGUGUCUCCUUCUUCGCGGCCAAGUCAUCCCCCCCAGGCGUCAGGAGGAGUGGCUGAGAGAGGCGCUCGAAACUCUGAAGAGCUGCAAACCAACCGUGGAGUCGCCCCCGGGCACCCGCCCCACCGUUUCUGACGGAGGUGGGCUACGCCCCGCACCGGCCUUCGCGGCUGACGCGCCGCCCGAGAGACGCGCGCGGCUGCAGAGGAGCACUUCCUUCUCAGAGUGUUUCUGGGAAUCGGCGCAAGAACUGGAAGGGAAAGAAGAGCGCAACUUCGCUUCCUUCGAUUUGGAACAAGAUCAGCAGAAGCGAGAGACACGCGGUGCUGCUGAAGAAACCGACAAAGACAGCCUUCACGGGAAAGACCUUCCACCAGUCGCCGUUUGUGAGGCGCCUUUCUCGGGCGGAAAAAGUUCGGAAGACCCGAGCGCAAGUGCUCAAAGAGAAGCGCAGCAAGAUGAAGGAGUUUCGUGCUCAGGUCACCGCGCGGUGUUCUCACCCGAGAUAGUGUCUCUUGAGCGGACUGGCAAGGCGAGUCGCGAAAUGCCGAGCGGUGCGAUAAAUGCAGUGGAUCCGCUGCAUUGGGGAGUCACCCCGUGGGCAGAUGAUGGCCUCGCACUUGAGUCCGGUCGAGUGUCUCGUGAAUCCUCUCGGCUCUCGACGGACUUCGUUCGAACUGGUGACGCAGAGAGCGAGGCGACGCACAGAGUCCCCGAGGAAAGCGUAGCAGACAGACAGGCGGCGCAAGCGUGCGGCAAAGGCGCUCCUACAAGGGAAAAAAGCGCUUUUUCGCGGCAAAGGCGGGAAGGGGAAGAAAAAGGAAAUGAGUGCAAGGAUCACAGCCACGCGUUGGAAGAACGGAGCAGGGGGGAAAGGUUGCGGAAGAGCAGACAGCCGAAAGAACGAGACACAGAAGAACUCGACAUCCGAGUGAAGUCUUCAGUGUACAACGUGUAUGGGAAACCAAGAGAGAAAGACGGAUUCUGCUGUCGAGACAGUUUCAUCUCCAAGAUGAUUGUGGCGAGGAAAGACUUGGACGCCACCUGCGGGUUUUUGCCAAACGAAAAGUACCAGAUGACCGAGGCGCCUGUCGACAGAAAAAUCAAAACAGCAUCAUUGUUCCCGAAAACACAGCGCGAGGCCUCCCAGGACUCUCCUCAAAGGCUCGUGGAAGUUUUUCCAAGGCGUCUCGAUUUUGGCGCCUGCAAGGUUGGCGAGCGCAUGCGGUCGGGGACGCGCGUCCGGAACCUGGACUCCGACGUGUGUCGAUUCAGCGUCGUUCUCGAACAUACCGGCCCCGACGAUGGAUACGAUAUUCAACUCUUCUAUACAGCUGGACGCAUCGCCCCCGGUCUCUGCUUGGAGAUUCUCGCGGAGCUCGUCGCCCAUCGCCCGGGCCCUGUCUCUGCUGUCAUUCUCGUCACACACAAGGCUCAUCUGAUUCGCAUUCCAGUCACGGCUGAGGCCGUGUAA